AUGCCUAGAAAAUAUGUGAAAUCUAAAUAUGAUAAUUUGGAUUGUUUUAUAAUAAAAAAAAAAAAUAAAAUUGAAAGUGAAUCUAUUAAUAACGUUCCAAUAUGCCCAUUAUGUGAAAAUAAAGAAAAAUUCGAUUAUACUAUAAGUGAUUGUUUUGGUAAUCAAGUAGAAGAAAUUACCCAAGUUGAAUGCCCAUAUUGCAAUAAAGAGAGAUUUUAUGGAACAAAUUAUUUAUAUAAAGAUAUUGAAAAGUCAAAUAUAACUACAGUUGCCAGAUUAGUUAAACAAUGGGGUAUUUCUUUAGGUGAUGCAAUAGAAGCUUCUGUUAUAUCACCAACAAGUGAAAUCUCUGCAAUUAAUUAUGCUAAUCAAAUAAAAAGUGAAAGAUAUAAUAAUUUUCUAAUUAACCAAGCACAUGAACAAUCAUUGGAAUCAAAACUUCAUUUAGAAAAACAAAAAUCCAUUACUUUACAACUUAAGAAAAGUAAUUUUAUGAAAAAUGGGAAUCUUAAUAUUCUUCUAGAUUUAUUACUUUUAGAAGAGUCUGAAUUUAUUAAAAUUAGGACAAGCCAUUCAUUUAAAAUCUGGAUAAAUGAUAAUAUACUUAAUAGAAAACUUUUUAUCAAUUUCUUAAAUUUAAGAAAAUUAUCAAUAAAGUGGUAUGAAGUAUCAGCAAAGAAUUAUUUUGAUUAUAGAAUUAAUCAAAUUUUUAAUUAUUUUGAAUAUCAAGAAUACAAUAGUAAACCAAGUUUUUUAGAUAAUCAUGAAAUCAAUAAAUAUAAAUCAGAAACUCUUACAGAAUGGUUUAUUACUGAAAAUAAUGCAAUCGAAGAACAAAUAUAUGGAAUCCCAAAAUACAGUGGAUCAAUCCCAGAAAUAUUUAGAAAUAAUCACGAUUUAAAUCAAAAGGGAAUUUCAUAUUCAGAAUUUAAUCAAUCUAAUAGUGAUGUUGAAGAAAUCAAAUAA